CACGACAAACUCUUGAAAGCAUCACCGCAGCCUCUCAUCAAUUCAUCUACACCAGAACACGUCGCGCUUCGAUAUCGCAAAGAAUGACUUCGCGAUAGCUUCAUUGCUCAUCGUGUACCUACGACGCACAAACAUCGAAAGCGCCAUUUUCCUGCUUUAACUACUCCCGCUAAUCCUCUCGUUGUCGACAAAAUGGCUGCGGUCACAAACGGCCACAGCAAUGGCAUCAAUGGAGCAUCCGAUCACUCCAAAUAUGAGCGCUUCUCACAUGUCCCGGCUGCUAUCGAUAUUCCCGUGAGAGGCGAGGAGGCUGAUGAAGCCGUCAAUUUGGAUCUGGGAGAAUUGUUGGAUGAGACGGAUGAGCUUUGCGAUCUCCUCGAGAACGAGAAUGCCGCGUGCAAUUAUUGGAUCACAAUCGCGCUGGCGUACGCCAAGCAGGACAAGGCAGGCAUCGCAAUCGAUUUCUUGCAAAAGGCUUUGCAAGCGCAUGCACGAGGACGACCCGAGGACCGAUUGAGCAUUCUAGCUUGUCUAUGCUGGUUGAACCUCUGGAUGUGUCGUCGAGCACCGCGUGUCAAGCCUGUAAACGCGACAGAUGAUUGCAAGACAAAGGAUGUCUUCUUGCAGGCAGCAACGAGCGCACUUAACGAGGCCUCGAGGAUUAAUCCAGCAUACCCUCCGCUUUAUUUAGCACGAGGCACAUUGCACCUUCUGCGUGCUUCACUUCAACCUUCAAAAGCGGGAUCAACAUCACAAGAGAACUCGGAUCGAACGGAGACUCUCAAACAGGCUGCGAAGUGCUUUGACGAUGCCUACCGCUUGUCAAAUCACAAGAAUGUCAUGGCUAUUGUUGGAAAGGCCAAAACACAGUUUUCGAUGGGCAAGAUUGCAGAAGCAUACGUUCUCUACCAGCAGGUGUUGGAGCGUGCACCGGACAUGAUCGACCCCGAUCCCCGAAUUGGUAUCGGAUGUUGCUUAUGGCAGCUCGGCUUCAAGGAAAAUGCAAGAGACGCUUGGGAACGGGCACUCGCGCUGAAUGGUUCCUCUAAAAUCGCCAACAUACUACUCGGUCUCUACCACCUCGAUGAGACGAGUCAGUACAGUUCGAAGGACCCGAAAUUCGCUUCGGCUUAUGGCAAGGCGAUGACAACAUACAUUCAGACAGCUUUCAAGCUGGACGACAUGUAUGCGAUCACAUGUUCGACGUUUGGUGGGUACUUCGUCGGCCGGAAGAAGUGGGAGAAUGUCGAGCGCCUUGCCCGCAGAGCCAUCGAGACAACAGACAUGAACGCAAUUGCCAGUGAUGGGUGGUAUUUGCUCGCAAGGAAGGACCACUAUGAAGGUAAUCUGCAGAAGGCUCAAGAUCACUACAACAAGGCCGAUCAAGCACGGGGUGGAGACGAAAAAGGAUUCUUACCAGCGAAGUUUGGCUCUGCCCAGUUGAGGACAAUGAUGCAAGACUUUGAUGGAGCCAAGUUCAGGUUGGAAAAGAUCAUUGCAACACACAAGAGCGCGGAAGCAAUGACCCUGUUGGGUAUCCUAUACGCCGAAGAUGUCUUCAACAGCCAGGCCGCCGGAUCGAAAGACGACAAAACCACGGAGCUCAAGAAAGCCAUCGCAUACCUCGAACAAGUCCGCAUAUCAUGGAAAGACCCCAAGAAAAAAGUCACACCGGACUCAGCAGUGUUACUCAACCUUGCUAGGCUGUACGAGAGCGAACAGCCCGAGAAAGCGUUGCAGUGUCUUCAGGAGGUUGAAAAAAUGGAGAUGGACGAGAUACCCGAUGGGGACCUGCCGUUGGAUCUCGAAGAUGAAGCAUCAAAGACAAGUGCGAAGCGUGGCAUGCUGAGCCCACAGCUGUUGAACAAUAUUGCAUGCUUUUUCUACCAAGCCGAAAAGCUGUCGCAGGCCCGCGAGUAUUUCCAAGCAGCACUCAACUCUUCCGUGUCUAUUCGAGAAAAGGAUGAGACGAUCGACACAGAUGCUCUGGUGUCCACCAUCAGCUUCAACCUGGCCCGUACUUACGAAGCUCAAGGCAUCGAAGAGCAAGCAAAGGAGAUUUACAAUGGAUUACUGGAAAGACAUCCCGACUACAUCGACGCCAAGACUCGCCUCGCCUACAUCAGCCAUCAAAAUGACCCUGCUGCCGGCGCAGAAGCAAUACAAAAGCUUUUGGAGUUCGACCCUGCCAAUCUCGAAGCUCGCAGUCUCUACGGUUGGUAUAUCAACAAGCAUAAAAAGCGGACACUUGCUCUAGACCAGGAUCAGGAGCAAAAGCAUUACAAGCACACUCUGCGCACGUAUGACAAGCAUGACAUUUACUCUCUCACCGCGAUGGGUAACGUGCACCUAACCAUCGCACGAGAAAUGCCCAAGGACACCGAUCAACACAAGGAUCGCCGGAGCAAGACUUACAUGCGUGCAGUCGAGUUCUUCGACAAAGUCCUGACGCUUGACCCCAAGAACGCGUUCGCUGCGCAAGGUCUGGGUAUCGCUGUUGUGGAAGAGAAGAAGGAUCUCAGUGCCGCCGUACAGGUCUUUUCAAAAGUGCGAGAAAGUAUCAAGGACGCUUCUGUACACAUCAACCUUGGUCACGUGUUCUGUGACUUGAAACAAUACUCCCGCUCCAUCGAGAAUUACGAGCUGGCGUUGGCCAAGUCCAAGAACAAAGAUCCUCACAUCAUGGCCUGCCUUGGACGCGUGUGGCUCAUGCGCGGCCGUGCCGAAAAGUCAUCCGACGCGUUCCAGACCAGCUUGGACUACUCUCAACAAGCCUAUGCCGCUUCGCCUGCCAACAUUAACUUCAAAUUCAACGUUGCUUUCGUUCAAAAUCAGAUCGCGCAACACAUGAUUGGCUUGCCCGAGUCUGCAAAAUCACUGGCGGACGUCGAAGCUGCCAGUGCGGGCCUUGACAGUGCUAUUGAAGCUUUUGCAGAGAUCGCCAAGUCUCCUACGCCGCCUUACCCACGUCACGACAUUGAGCAGCGAGCUAAUAUGGCCCGGAACACUAUGAAACGUCAACUUGCCAGCGCUAUCGAGAAGCAGACCGAAUAUGAACAAAAGAAUGCUAGCAAGCUCGAGGAAGCUCGCAAGCGUCGAGAAGAUGCCGCUCGUGCUCUGGAACAAGCGAAGCGUGAGGCUGCUGAGAAGGAGGAGGCUGCACGACGUAAAGUGCGAGAAGAGCGUGAGCGGAUGAUGGCCGAGGAUCGUGAGUUGGCAGAACGACGCCUGGAAGAGGAAAAAAUUCGUGAACAAGCGCAGUACACUACCGACGAAGAGACAGGCGAGCGGAAGAAGCGAGAGAAGAAGCCAAAGGAAAAGAAGGGUGGCAAGCGGAAGAAGAAGGGCGUUGAAGACUCCGAUCUUGAUGACCUCCCAGAUGGCGAAGGGUCAGACGAGGACGUUGUCGCUAGUGGACGGAGUCGUUCCCGUCGGGACGACGAUGUUGGGAGCGUCAGCGGUAGCGACGCGGAAACCCGUGAGAAGCCGCGCAAGAAGAAGAGAAAGCUCGAGCGCAAGAGCGCUGCAUCGGCAGCCAAGAACUCCAAGUUCAAGUCCGCAGAAACCGUCAUGGAUUCGGACGAGGAUGACGAGGACGGCGGCGAUGAUGGUAUCAGAGCUCCCGCAGCUGCGACGGCCAAUGCUUCGGACGAUGCCGAGCCAGACCGCGACGGCGCUGAGGCGGGAGACGAUACGAUGGUCGACGUCGGUGGUGUUGACGACGAGGACGAGGACGAUGGUGCGGUCGCUUCCUCUCGCGCAACGCAGAGGAGGGGCAAGACUGCUCGUGUGCUCGACGACGAUGAGGACGAGUAGAGUGGUUUUGAUGUCGAAAUUACAUCAUCAUCGGGUCGCGCUGCUUGACAUGACCCCUCCUCUUCUGUCCUCUAGGUGUUUUGGUAAAAGCGUUCAGCGGAGUGUAUUUUUGUAUUUCUAGAUCUGUGAUCGUUUUCCGCAACCGUCCUCACGAUCAAGUUUUCACCUUCGAGCAUAGACCGAUUUAUUCAAUGCUGAAUCUUUACACAAACCC